AUGCAAAGAAUCGCACAACGAGCAGCCCUGGUGUCAUCCCGACGAGCACCAUGCCAAUCUGUAAUAAUAUCACAGACAUCUGCUAUGCAAUGGAGCUCAUUGAGCGUCAGUCAACGACGAUGGCAGACAACUGAAAAACAAUGGCAGACAACUGAAAAACAAUCGACGGAGGAGACUACUACUACUGCUGCUAGCAAGGAGGCUGCUCCGGCUACGGAGGAAGAAAAGUUUAAGGCGGAUUUGGUCAAGAAGGAUAAGCAGAUUGCUGAAUUACAGGAUGCAUUCAGACGCUCACUCGCAGAACAAGAAAACCUGCGCCAACGCACCCGCAAAGAAGUAGAGUCCGCAUCAGUCUACAGCAUCCAGAAAUUCGCCAAAGAUAUACUGGAAACCGUCGACGUCCUCGGCAUGGCUCUCAACGCAGUCCCCGCAUCAGAACGUACCGAAUUCUCAGGUGUAAAGCCAUUCAAAGACUUGUAUUCCGGUAUAUCCAUGACAAGGAUUGAGCUGCUAAAGACAUUGAAGAGACAUGGGGUGGAAAGCUUUGGUGCGGUUGGGGAUGUGUUUGAUCCAAAUAUUCAUCAGGCGCUCUUCCAGGUGCCUGCGCCAGAUAAGGAGGCUGGCACGGUUGUGAGUGUGCAGAAGGAAGGGUUUAUGAUUAAAGACCGAGUCCUGAGGCCAGCCCAAGUCGGGGUCAGUAAAGAGUAG